GUAGGAAAAUAGUAAGUGCGCAUGCGUAAUUAGAAGCACGUGUUAUUUGUACAAAGUAAAACUUUCAAUCAAAGAUUGAAUAAUUUAAAGUAAAGAAUGAAGAAGAAAUUAUUUAUUCACUAUUUAAAAUUAAUUGAAAAAGUCAGAAUAUUACUAAUAUAAGUGAAAUAUUUGUUCCUAUGGAAUAUAAUUCUGAUAAAACGAACGUAAUUACAAGUAUAUAACCAAAAAACUUUGUAAACACAAUGGCUGAAAAAAGUGAUUUGAUCUCCAAAACAUUCCAACGUGCUGAAAAACAUUUACAAGAAAGAUUAAGAACAGGAUAUUUACAAAAAUAUGAUCAUCAUGUGGUACCAGGAUAUAAUUUAAAUAUAUCAUUUGCUACAGAUGAUCAGGAUUUGAAUAACAUAAAGCAACUAUAUCAAAAAUAUCCUUAUGAAUGUGAUUUACCAAAACCAUUACUACCUCCUGUUAAAUUACCACGUACUGUAUUGCACGAAGAAGAUCCUGUUCUGGAAUCUGUUACAGUCAAAUCCUAUAUGAAAGAUGAUAUAAAUAGAAUUUUAGAUUAUUAUGAAAAACAUAAAAAAGAUCUUGGAACAGUUCAUAAAAAAGGAAUAAAAUGGUCCAAAAAUAAUGAUAAAGUAACCACUGUAUUACCUAAGUAUGCUGCAGAAAUAGCAGAACUUGUUGAAUUAGAUCCUGAUCCUUAUUUAAAAGGGAAUUACAACUGGUACUAUACUGGAGGAAGUUUGACUAAUGUUACAUAUGGUGGUCAAACUAUUUUAAUCUAUCCUUAUGUAGGAGAGUUAGUCGCUUCUCCAUUAAUGCCUAUGGAAAAUGCAUUAUGGAAACCAAUACUACAAAAGUCAGACAAACUUAAUCUUGAUGGUACAUUAUAUGAGCUGAGGCCCUAUGUUAUCGGUGAUCAUUGUAUAAUUUUAGGUAGAUACAAAAAUCAUUGUAUAUUGUAUAAACUUUUUAUGUGCGAAAAUAAAGUAAAAUUAAUUGAAUUCAGUAAACAAACUUCCACAUUACCAUAUGUUAGUGGAGAAGUAUGUGCGUUUAAUCAAGAUUAUUUUUCUACAGUAGAUGUAAAUCGCACAGUAUCAUUAUGGAAUGUCAACAGAAAGAAAUGCAUUACAAGUCAUAAAAUACUUAAUUCUAAAGUCUUGGAUGAUAAUUGGGGAAGUAUUAAAUAUCAAUUAUUAGAUCCACAUGUAUUAAUAUUUACUGAUAGAUGCUGUCUUCAUCAUCUUGAUACUAGGAUGCCUUUUCGUCUACCAUCAUUAUCACUUUGUCCAAAGCAGUAUUUGGAACAAUGUGAAAAUUUGUCAGUGGAAAAAGAUAGCAGACAUAGCUCGUGCAGAUACGUAGGGACGAAUCACAAUCUUUUAUUAUGUGAUAAUCGUUUCCCAAAAGAAUGCGUAAGACAGAAGUGGACACAUCAAUUCAGAAGUAUUCCUCUUUUACUUCCCACUAUAAAUCGAAAUGAAGAGGAAAUUCUUGUUUUAUCAAGCUCAUUAGCUGGAGAAAGUUCAGUGAUUUUGAACACAUGGACUUAUGAGAGUUCUCAUUCUUAUAAUUUACCAAUAACUCUACCGAGUAUAAUGGAAACAUUGAAUGAAGCGCAAUUGCAAGGCUUAUGUUUAGAUCCAUAUUUGAAAAAUAGACUGGAACUAUGUAAUGCUGGUUCCACAUUAUUAACUAACCAGAAAGGAGAUGUAUUCUUCUUUAUACAAACAUCUAUAGGCGAUGUCUUUUAUCAAUGUAUUACUCACGAAGAUAUACUUGACAAAAAUUUUGAAAUAAAAGAAAAAACAGUUUCUGCAUUAAAUGCUUGGGAACAUGCAUUAAUGACACAAGAUGAUUCAAUUGCACCUCUCUCUAUGUCAAGUAAAUGUAAUAUGAAACAUGUAUAUAAAAGUUUUACAAACAAGCAACUACAAUUAGAUAGACAUGAAGAAAUAGAUGAUACUCUUGACCAAAAUUGGAGAAAAUCUAUUGAAGAAUUAGGCUCAUAUGAAGACAUUUUAGCACCAGAACUUUUAGCUGUAUGGGGAAUAUCUGAGCAGGUUUCAAUUUCGUUGUCAGCAACUCCUCAUCAAAAAGUUUUAAAUUGGUUAGAAACAACUAAUGAUAAAGCUGAUUCGCUUCCUUCACAAGAAGAUAUGGAAUAUAUGGAUACACCAGUAAAUACACAGGAGUUGAUAAGUGUAUCUCAAGAUCCAGAUAAAAGAAAUUUAAAUGAUAAUGAUAAUCUAGAAGAAUUAUUUUUGCCUAGAGUUAAAACAAAAUCAAUCAAAAGAACAAAAAAGACUGCAAAGUAAUGUAAUUUAUAUCGUUAUUAUAAUAUAAAGUUUAUAUUUCAUCAAUAUGCUGGUACAUAAUAAUGUAUUAUAAUUUGUAAACUGUACAUAUUUUUAGACAUUUUCUAUACAAUAUUUACUCGUUGAUAUUUUUGUAUGCUGUAUCCACAAAAACUAACGUGUAUAGUAGAUGUAAAAUAAUGUAAAGGGUACUGACUGUUUAUUCAUUUUAUAAUAAAAAUUGUACAUUUA